AUGUCAUCUUCCAAUAGGACUGGGUCCAGUCCCUUGACCGUCAUCCUCACCGGCAUUCCCAGUCUGCCGAUGAGCAGCUACUGGAUGGCAUUGCCUCUCUGCUGCCUGUACCUCCUCAUGCUCCCGGGGAACUGCACCUUACUCUGGAUGAUAAAGACAGACCACAGCCUCCAUACAUCGAUGUACUAUUUCCUCUCCAUGCUGGCCAUGGCAGACCUGGGCUUGUCUCUCUCCACCCUGCCCAACAUGCUGGCCAUUUUCUGGUUUGAGUCAACCUCCCUCCAUUUUGAGGCAUGCAUUGUCCAGAUGUACUUCAUCCACUCCUUCUCUGCCAUCAAGUCUGGGGUCCUGGUGGCCAUGGUCUUCGACCGCUUUGUUGCUAUUUGCUACUCUUUGCGCUAUGCCUCUGUCCUGACCAGCUCCCUGAUAAUGAAGGCGGGGGUGGGGGGUGUGAUCUUCAUGCGGGGCAUCUGUGUGGUGCUACCCAUUGCCAUUCUUAUUAAGAAGAUUCCUUUCUGCAGGUCCCGUGUCCUGUCUCACUCCUUCUGUCUGCACCAGGACAUGCUGAGGCUGGUUUGUGGGGAUGUCAGGGUCAACAGCUUGUACAGGCUGACCGCGGUGAUACUCACCAAGGGCCUGGACUCCCUGACCAUCCUCCUGUCUUACAUGAUGAUCAUCAGAGCCAUCUUGAACAUUGUCUCCCAGGAAGCACGAGCCAAAGCCUUUAGCACAUAUAUCUCCCACCUCUGUGCCGUCCUGAUCUUCUACAUCCCACUCAUUGGCUUGUCCAUCAUCCACAGGUUUGGGAAGCACCUGCCCCCCCUCACUCACACGCUUCUGGCUGAUGCCUGUUUCCUGGUGCUGCCUGUCCUGAACCCGCUCGUGUACAGCUGGAAAACCAAGCAGAUCCUCAGGCGGAUCCUCAUCCUGCUCUGUCGGAGAGGGACCCAGCAGCGGGUCUAG